GUUCGACAGCGCAGAGCCUGCGACCAACAACUGCAUCUUCCUAUUGCUUCCCAUACCUUGUCGAGUCUCUCGUUGGUUUUAGUUGAUUGCAACUUGCCUCUGAACCUCUGUGUAAAGCCAAAACUCCAAGCCUCCGACGAAGAAUCACCAUGGGCGACGUACUUGUUGACAACCCUGCCAACACUGUUCCACCUCACAAGAAACCACCCAUUUCAGAUUCCAUCCCGGACAUCGACUCAUUAGAAGGAGCUGGUGCAGAUGGAAGCGAUGAAUACUCGACACUUAAGAGGCUGCAAAGACAUCUAGAGUACAUCAAACUGCAGGAAGAAUAUAUCAAGGAUGAACAAAGAUCGCUGAAGCGUGAGCUGGUGCGAGCGCAAGAAGAAAUCAAACGAAUACAGAGUGUUCCGUUAGUGAUCGGCCAGUUCAUGGAAGCUAUCGACCAGAACACCGGAAUCGUCCAAUCUUCCACCGGCUCCAACUACGUCGUCCGCAUCCUCUCGACCCUCGACCGCGAAAAGCUUAAGCCGUCCUCCUCCGUUGCCCUCCACCGUCAUUCAAAUUCUCUUGUCGACAUCCUUCCUCCCGAAGCAGAUUCUUCCAUUGCCAUGCUUGGAGCUGACGAGAAGCCCGACGUGACAUACGCGGACGUCGGUGGGCUCGACAUGCAGAAGCAGGAGAUCCGCGAAGCGGUGGAAUUGCCAUUGACACAUUUUGAUCUCUACAAACAAAUUGGCAUCGACCCGCCUCGAGGCGUACUGCUCUACGGCCCUCCCGGUACCGGAAAGACCAUGUUGGUCAAGGCGGUUGCCAACAGCACAACUGCCAGUUUCAUUCGGGUGGUUGGCUCCGAAUUUGUCCAGAAAUAUCUAGGCGAAGGGCCUCGAAUGGUUCGCGACGUCUUUCGAAUGGCACGAGAGAAUUCGCCUGCUAUCAUUUUCAUCGACGAGAUCGAUGCCAUUGCGACCAAGCGAUUUGACGCCCAGACGGGAGCAGAUCGAGAGGUGCAGCGUAUUCUGCUAGAACUUCUCAACCAGAUGGACGGUUUUGACCAGACCAGCAAUGUCAAAGUUAUCAUGGCUACGAAUCGAGCAGACACCCUGGAUCCCGCCUUACUCCGACCGGGCCGUCUGGACCGAAAGAUCGAGUUCCCAUCCCUGCGAGAUCGCCGAGAACGGCGGUUGAUUUUCACGACCAUUGCCAGCAAGAUGUCGUUGUCACCUGAAGUGGACUUGGAUUCAUUGAUUGUGAGGAACGAUCCUUUGUCGGGAGCCAUCAUCGCGGCGAUUAUGCAAGAAGCCGGAUUGAGAGCCGUGCGCAAGAAUCGCUAUAACAUCAUCCAGGCAGAUUUGGAGGAUGCAUAUUCGAGCCAGGUCAAGGGCGCACAAGAGGCCGACAAGUUCGACUUCUACAGGUAAAAAAGGGACACACGUAGGUCCGGGGGUCCGGGGGGUCAUGUGUUUUUGGGUCUUAGGAUGACCCGGUCCGGAACAAGGCUGCAUUGCAUUGGUGUCUCUGUUCUACAAGCAGAAGCCAAAUAUCGCGACAUAAAGGACAUGGUCAAAAGGCAUCUGUCGUAAUAGAACUUCGAUGGUCAAGACAUGCUCGGGCGUCCAGUGCUGGUGGGUGGGGAAUUGUUCUAUUACUAAUACCAGUCCAAAAUGCCAGUGGGAUUUUCGGAUAUACUUGUGACCGUGCGGCUUGCUACUUACAGUACCGAGCGGCAAAUAUCAUCCCCGUUGAUUUAUCAUCGUCACUCGUGUAUUGUUUGGGUUGGACUUCUUCGCGGUGUUUCAGGGGACAAGACCAAAGGUAGCGGUACUCGCCCUGAAGGGAACGAUAGUCAGGAGAUGAGAAGGAGAGAGGUCCAUUACUCCGUACUAAGUAGACCUGGAAGAGCGGUAUGGCCUCGCUACCAUGC